AUGAAUAGAAACGUGGUGGAUUCUGCAAUAAGCUUACUACGGGAUGAUGUAAUUUACUAUUGUUUUACUAAAGAACAUUUUGUAGAAAAUCACUUGAAUUUAUUUCUUGAUGUUAAAAAUAAUAAUAAUGGAAAAUUUGAGAAGGAAUCCAAAUUAUAUAUUUUUUAUACACUAUUUGAUAUGGAUAUGAAACUAUUGAAUACAGAUGACAAAGCGAUGUGCAAUUCAAAAAGUGACAAAUUAGAUAAAAUGAUUUGUAAGGUAGAACACUUAUUAAAAAAUAUAAGAGAAUAUUUAACUGAUUUUGAUUUAGAUAUAAAAAAUGCUUUAGAUUAUUUGAUAUACUGGUUGUAUGGUCAAUUAAAUGAAAUCGGCCAUAACGUUAAUGAUAUUAACUCAUUUCACACCAAGGUGAUAAAUUACUUCAAUACUAAAUUUCCUGAACUUAAGGAUGAAUUAAAUAAAAAAUAUAUAAAAUCAUAUAAUAUAAAAGUGCUAAAAAAUAAGAAAGAACUAUAUGAUUUUUUGAAUUACUAUAUAUAUAUAAAAGACAGGGUGAAUAAAAAUAGAAAUAACGAGGAGUAUUGCAAUUACAUAGUAUAUAUUUUUAAAUUAUAUAAGGAAAUACACGAUGAUUAUAAUUCUAUGAAUUCAGGGUGGUAUGAUGAUGAAAUAAAACUAUUUAAAGACAAAAUUAGUGGCGUAGAUAAUGAAAUAAAUUUAUUGAUAAAAAAAUGUCCUCUUAUCAAUUCAAAUUUAAUAUUCGAAGAAUAUAAUAAAUCGACAAGACUAAUAGAACUGGAAAAAUCAAAAGAAGAAGGAGAAAAAAACUUCAAAUCCAUUAAAACGAUUCUACAGGUAUAG